AUGGUGAAGUUGCUGCCUGCCCAGGAGGCAGCUAAGAUCUACCAUACCAACUAUGUGCGGAACUCGCGGGCAGUGGGCGUGAUGUGGGGCACGCUCACCAUCUGCUUCUCUGUGCUGGUCAUGGCCCUCUUCAUCCAGCCAUACUGGAUCGGGGACAGCGUCAACACACCGCAGGCAGGCUACUUUGGCCUUUUCUCCUACUGCGUGGGCAACGUGCUGUCCUCCGAGCUCAUCUGCAAGGGUGGUCCCCUGGAUUUCUCCUCCAUCCCCUCCAGAGCCUUCAAGACUGCCAUGUUCUUCGUGGCCUUGGGCAUGUUCCUCAUCAUUGGCUCCAUCAUCUGCUUCAGCCUGUUCUUCAUCUGCAACACUGCCACUGUCUACAAGAUCUGUGCAUGGAUGCAGCUGGCUGCAGCUACAGGCCUAAUGAUUGGCUGCCUGGUCUACCCAGACGGUUGGGACUCAAGUGAGGUGCGGCGCAUGUGUGGGGAGCAGACGGGCAAGUACACCCUGGGCCACUGCACCAUCCGCUGGGCCUUUAUGCUGGCCAUCCUCAGCAUCGGUGACGCCCUCAUCCUCUCCUUCUUGGCCUUUGUGUUGGGCUACCGGCAAGACAAACUCCUCCCUGAUGACUACAAGGCAGAUGGAAGUGGUAAUCUGUCCUUCUCCAUAUGA